AUGGAAGCCGAUAGAUUUAAGCUGAAGCCCGCAAUGUUUCAGAUGCUCCAGACCGUAGGACCAUUUCAUGGGCUUUCAUCGGAAGAUCCUCAUCGUCACCUACAGUAUUUUAUGCAAGUUGCUGAUUCAUUUAAGUUGGAAGGAGUAAGCAAACGAGCUAUACGACUAAUGCUAUUUCCUUAUUCCCUGAGGGAUAGUGCUGGAGCGUGGCUAGAUUCAUUACCAGCUGAAUCCAUCACCUCUUGGAAUGACUUAGCCGAGAAGUUCUUGAUGAAGUAUUUUCCUCCAUCCAAGAAUGCUGAACUCAUGACGAAUGGAUCAUUAUUGUCAAAGGUAUAUGCUGAAGCAUUCGACAUUUUGGAGAGAAUCUUGUGCAAUAAGCACCAAUGGUCAAAGUCCAGGGCUGCUUCAGUAAUGACAUCUAAGGGCUUAGUAGAGAAUGAUGUAGUAGCAGAUCUGAAUUCGAAAAUUUCAAAGCUAGCAGACAUUGUAAUGGAAAGCAUAUCGCACUCAGAUGCUAGAGCAUCCGUGCAGAGUGUUUCAUGCCCCUAA